AUGCCUGCUCUGCGCAGGUUCAGCUUUGGUAGUGGCGAUUGGAGGGUGAAUGCUGAUGCAACCGACAUCAUGGCCGACAGCUGCGGGAGAUGGUUCUCUUUCAACGUUACUCUUGACACAGUGAUGCUACUUGAAAAAAAGGGUUUGGCCAAUCAUUUGGCUUCUUUGCCAUGUGUGGACUCACCAACGCCUUUGUCCACCAUCAUCCGGGAGCUCGAGGAUGCUGGAGAGGUCAAGUUGGCUGUGACUCAUCAUGUCCUCUCCUCGACGACCAAGAUCGAGCAGGACAAGCCGCUGGUCUUUGUGAUGGAUCCUCCCAAGCUGGAUCGUGAGGAUGAUGGGAAACCAAAAAAGAAGAAAGGCAGAAAGGAAAAGGGGUCCGGAUCUAUGACGCAUAAGAACUUCGGUUCCAUCCUUGACAUCGGCAAGUUUAAGCGGGCCCAGCGACUCAUGGUCGGAUGGCGGAUGAGGUGUCAUGUGGUAUCACCAAAUGUUUUGGUCCGGUGGUGUCAUCUAGGCAACUGUUUGAUGUUGCUUCAUGAGCCCCUGGGUCUUGUUUGCCCUGCCAGGUUGGAUACAAACAACGCAUCAGGUGUGAAGACCCUGGUGCCCCUUCGACCCAUCGCAUGCGUCACCGGCGUUCUCGAUCUUGGGAGCACUGUGAUGAAAGUGUUUUGA